UGGUUCUUCAAGACUGUUGUCACCCACUCUUGCCCUCUUAUAUUGCUCCCUCUCUCUCUAUCUCUCUCUCUCUCUCACACCCACAGUUUUUUAAUUGCAAAUUCCAACACCAGCAGUUGCACUAUUAACAGCAUUUGGAAGUGGAAAGAGAGGCUUUCCCCUCCCACUCUCUCUCUCUCUCUCUCUCUCUCUCUCUAUUGCAAAAGUCUGAACUUGGUUUCAUUUUCUGGGUUGGUUUUCUUUGAACCUGUCCCCUGCUGCUCUGGGGUUUCUCAAGUUCACUUUGUAGUUCACAUAAAUAUAUGCCCGCAAUGGCUCUCUGUGCAUUUGCAUUCCCCGGGCAGUUAAACAGGGCUGUUGCUUCAGAUCUCCAAAAGCAGAAUUCUUUUUAUUCCCAUUUGUUAUGGGGCACAUAUCUUCAGUGUCAAUCUCAGCAUAAGCUCAAUCAGGUCAGGAAAAGGUCAGGAGGUGUUUGGGCAUCCUUGUCAGAGAGAGGAGAGUAUCACUCUCAGAGACCUCCCACACCUCUUUUGGAUACUAUCAACUAUCCAAUUCAUAUGAAAAAUCUUUCCACUAAGGAACUGAAACAACUUGCAGAUGAGCUACGGUCUGAUGUCAUCUUUAAUGUUUCUAAAACUGGGGGUCACCUUGGUUCAAGCUUGGGUGUUGUUGAGCUUACUGUGGCUCUUCACUAUGUUUUCAAUGCUCCUCAAGAUAGAAUACUUUGGGACGUUGGUCAUCAGUCUUACCCACACAAAAUCUUGACUGGGAGAAGAGACAAGAUGCACACAAUAAGACAGACCAAUGGGUUAGCGGGUUUCACCAAGCGCUCAGAGAGUGAGUAUGAUUGUUUUGGGACUGGUCACAGUUCUACCACCAUCUCAGCAGGCUUGGGGAUGGCUGUUGGAAGAGAUUUAAAAGGAAGAAAGAAUAAAGUAGUCGCAGUUAUAGGUGAUGGUGCCAUGACAGCAGGUCAGGCUUAUGAAGCCAUGAACAAUGCUGGUUACCUAGACUCCGACAUGAUUGUUAUUCUGAAUGACAACAAACAGGUCUCUUUACCCACUGCUACUUUGGAUGGUCCCGUACCACCUGUAGGAGCUUUGAGCAGUGCUCUAAGUAGGUUGCAGUCAAACAGACCUCUCAGGGAAUUAAGAGAAGUUGCCAAGGGAGUUACCAAGCAGAUUGGCGGGCCUAUGCAUGAACUUGCAGCGAAAGUUGAUGAAUAUGCUCGUGGGUUGAUCAGCGGUUCUGGAUCAACACUGUUCGAAGAGCUUGGACUCUAUUAUAUAGGUCCUGUCGAUGGUCAUAGCAUAGACGAUCUUGUGGCCAUUCUCAAAGAAGUUAAGAGUACUAAAUCAACUGGUCCCGUGCUGAUCCAUGUUGUCACAGAGAAAGGUAGAGGAUACCCGUAUGCUGAGAAAGCUGCAGACAAGUAUCAUGGAGUGGCCAAGUUUGAUCCGGCAACUGGAAAGCAACUCAAAGUUAGUGCUAAAACACAGUCUUACACAACGUACUUUGCAGAAGCUUUGAUUGCAGAAGCAGAGGUGGACAAAAACAUUGUUGCAAUCCAUGCAGCAAUGGGAGGUGGAACGGGCUUGAAUCUUUUCCUUCGCCGCUUCCCUGCACGGUGCUUUGAUGUGGGGAUAGCAGAGCAGCAUGCUGUGGUGCAUGAUGUAGACUUGCAGAAGCUGCCCGUGAGGUUUGCAAUGGACAGAGCUGGGCUGGUUGGAGCUGAUGGUCCGACACAUUGUGGUGCUUUUGAUGUCACUUACAUGGCAUGCCUCCCAAACAUGGUGGUGAUGGCUCCUUCGGAUGAGGCUGAGCUUUUUAACAUGGUUGCAACCGCUGCUGCCAUAGAUGACAGACCAAGCUGUUUUCGAUACCCAAGAGGAAAUGGGGUUGGUGCAGAGCUGCCACCAGGGAACAAAGGCAUUCCUCUUGAGGUUGGAAAAGGCCGGAUAUUGAUUGAAGGGGAGAGAAUAGCACUUUUGGGCUAUGGAACAGCAGUACAGAGCUGUUUGGCUGCAGCUGCUUUAGUAGAACCCCAUGGAUUGCGGUUAACAGUUGCAGAUGCACGUUUCUGCAAACCGUUGGAUUAUGCUCUUAUUCGCAGCCUGGCAAAAACGCAUGAUGUUUUGAUCACAGUAGAAGAAGGAUCAAUCGGAGGGUUUGGGUCUCAUGUUGCUCAGUUCAUAGCUCUAGAUGGGCUUCUUGAUGGAAAGUGGAGAUCACUGGUUCUUCCUGAUCGGUACAUUGACCAUGGAUCCCCUGCUGACCAACUGGCCCAAGCUGGUCUCACACCAUCUCAUAUUGCAGCAACAGUAUUCAAUAUACUUGGGCAAACAAGAGAGGCUCUGGAGAUCAUGUCAUAG